ACCCUACACGUUCUCCUCCACCAAAACCUUUUCCUUGCCCGUCCAGGGUAUCAAAACCCCCAUACUCUCCAUCACCCGCUAGGGCAAUUCCUCCUCCGAGACCUCUCAAAGUCCUCGGAUCCUCGAAUCCUCUCGGUUUACCCCGGUCUACGAUACCUCACACGCAGAAAUGAUGUCCUCAGACGAGCCCGCCUCUUCCCCGUUUGAUGGGGUUCUGUCUUACUACUACAAGGCGCGCAGGUCGUACCAGCAGACGCUCGAUAGGUGGACUCCCCACGUCCUCCAGCGCUGGCUCGCUACCCUGGGUUUCGUCAGUUUGUUCAUGCUCCGGAUCGUCCUCAGUCAGGGAUGGUACAUUGUGUGCUAUGGUCUCGCUAUAUACCUUCUCAAUCUACUCCUCGCAUUCCUUCAACCACGCUUUGACCCCUCGCUGGAGGACGACCUUCACGCGGACGAAAUUGAGGAGGGAGUAGGCGAAGAAGACGAGGCACCACGGCUUCCGUCGCAACGUGACGACGAGUUCCGUCCCUUCGUUCGUCGUCUGCCCGAAUGGCAGUUUUGGCUGAGUUCAACCCGCGCCAUUAUUGUCUCAAUCUUCCUCACCCUCUCCGAGGUCUUUGAUGUCCCUGUCUACUGGCCCAUUCUUGUCAUGUACUUCUUCAUCCUCUUCGCGCUCACGAUGCGCCGCCAGAUUCAGCACAUGAUCAAGUACAAAUAUGUCCCCUUCGACAUUGGUCGCAAGGCCAGGUACGGUGGCAGCCGGUAAAAGCUGUAUUCAAAGGAAUGCAUGUGAUGUUGGUACGAGAUGAUAAUGGAGACUAGGAGUAUUUAUCUCGCAGCGUUGAAUCGCGGGGCAGAAGCUAUAGAUACGGUAAUGAUUUAUGCAUUGGUAAUUGGCUAUCUC